GUACGUGAUGAGCAUUAUCAAGCUAAAAUUGUGACUAAACGAAAUUACUCAAGGUUAAAUAACCAACAACAACUUCAGCUCCAAGGAUGGAGAGCUAACAGUGAUAUUCAUAUUGUUAUUGAUCACUAUGCUUGUGUUGAAUAUCUCACAAAAUAUGCAGCUAAUGGUGAGCCAAGAUCACCUAUACUGAAUCAGGCAUUCAAUUCUAUUGUACAAAAUGUUGACAGUAAUACUGACCCUUGUAGAGUUAUUAAGAAUGUAGUUAUGAAGUCAUUGAGAUUAUGAAGCUCAAUGCAUCAUUUGUUGUCAUUAAAAGUUAGUCUAAAUGGUUCACAUAGAGUGUGUGAUACUGCAAGUAUUGAUGAGGGAGAAUUGUGCACUGAUUAUUCACUUCUUGAUGUGUAUGGUAAUUGUCGACAACAUGAAAGUUCACAAAAUAUAAUAAAUAUGAACUUUGUUGAUUUUGCUACAACAUACAAAGUUGUUAACCAUGAACUGACAAAAUUGCCAGAAAAUAUUAUAUACCAUAAAUAUUCCAACAUAUUCUCCUAAUCCAAAAGGUCCAAAUUUUGGUCUAUAUUGUAAAUAUCACCUUUUGAGGUAUAAACCCUGGAGAACAACCCAAAAUAAUGCAUGGGACGACCAACAACCAUCUGACAAGGUUCUGAUCAAUUGUUGGCGUGAAUUUUUACAAACACCUUAUGGCCAGUUUAAUGUCCCAGACUGGUUUGAUAAAUUACAACCUGUCAUUCAAAGUCAAAAAGCAGAAGAUGAACUUUCUAAAGAACAGGAGACAACUUGUGAAGAGUGGAUGAUAUUAUCAGACCUCAACACUCCUUUUGACAACUCUGAACAAAACCAGAUUCCACAUAUGACUGGCAUCUCGACAGAGCCUAUUAUUCUGAACAACAAAUCCAAGAAAUGCCAACAUUGA